AUGAGAGCACUUAUUCUUGCCCUUACCCUGGCCCUUGUGGCGGGUCAACAGACUUCCAAAACACCAGGCUUUGGCACCAGUAAGACCUAUGUGUACAAGUAUGAAGCAGUGCUUCUGGGAGGUCUGCCGGAGGAUGGGCUGGCCAGGGCUGGGAUGAAGGUCAGCAGCAAGAUUCUGAUCAGUGGAGUCGCCCAGAAUACCUUCCUGCUAAAGCUCAUGGAACCACAGAUCUUUGAGUACAGUGGCAUCUGGCCCACAGAUCCAUUUGUCCCAGCCGCAAAGCUCACAGAGGACCUCGCUGCUCAGCUGCUUAUUCCCAUCAAGUUUGAGUAUACUAACGGUGUCGUAGGCAAGGUGUUUGCACCUGUUGAAGUCACUGCAACAGUUCUGAAUAUCCACAGAGGUAUCCUGAACAUACUCCAGCUCAACAUCAAACAGACCGAGAAUGUGUAUGAGCUGCAAGAGCUUGGUGCUCAAGGAAUCUGCAAGACUGACUAUGUGAUCCGUGAAGAUGCAAAUGCAGAGCGCAUUUACAUCACCAAGUCCAAAGAUCUGAAUAACUGCCAUGAGAGAAUAAUGAAGGAUAUUGGUAUGGCAUAUACAGAGACAUGUGCCCAAUGUCAACAGAGGGGAAAGAACCUGAGGGGAGCUGCGGCUUACAACUAUAUCAUGAAGCCAACUGCAGCUGGUGCUCUGAUUACUGAGGCCACUGUUCAGGAGCUUCACCAGUUCACACCUUUCAAUGAGAUGACUGGAGCAGCCCAGAUGGAGGCCAGACAAGUCAUGACUUUCGAUGAAAUCCAGAAUGCCGAAGUUCAGCCUAUCCAAGCAGACUACAUACCUCGAGGGUCCUUGGCAUAUGAAUUUGCAACUGAGAUUCUUCAGACACCCAUUCAACUUAUGAAGAUCAGUAAUGCUCAUGCUCAGAUUCUAGAAAUCCUGAAUCAUCUUGUGGCAAACAACAUUGCUGCAGUCCACGAGGAUGCUCCGCUGAAGUUUCUGCAGUUGAUCCAGCUUCUCCGUGAGACCGACUAUGAGACUAUUAAUGCCAUAUGGUCUCAAUUCAGGGCUAAACCAGCUUUCAGACGUUGGAUCCUGGACGCUGUCCCUGCCAUUGGAACACAAGCUGCAUUGAGGUUCAUCAAGGAGAAGUUCCUGGAUGGAGAGGUUACCACAGCUGAGGGCGCUCAGGCACUGUUGGUUGCCAUGCAACUGGUUAAGGCUGACCUGCCAACCAUCAAACUUGCAGAUGAGCUGGUAUUCAACACCAAGAUUCAGACAAUCCCCGCACUGCGUGAAAUUGCAAUGCUUGGUUAUGGCUCCAUGGUUUUCAAGUUCUGUGCUGCACACCCCAUCUGUCCAGCUGAUGUCAUGAAGCCCGUGCUUGACUUUGCUGCAGAGGCGAUUGCUAAAGUCAAUGUGGAUGAGAUCACCCUGGCUCUGAAAGUUCUGGGGAAUGCUGGUCAUCCUGCCGGUAUCAAAACAAUCAUGAAGCUCCUGCCUGGAUUUGGCACUACAGAUGCUGCACUCCCAGUCAGUGUCCAUGCUGAUGCUGUGAUGGCCCUGAGGAAUGUUGCCAAAUUUGCGCGUAGACAGGUCCAGGAAUUGGCUCUGCAGCUGUUCAUGGACAGAGCUGUUAAUCCGGAUGUACGCAUGGUGGCCUGUGUUGUGCUGUUUGAGACCAGACCACCCAUGGGUCUGGUGGCAGCCAUUGCUCAGUCUCUGGAGAAAGAACUCAACCUGCAAGUGGCCAGCUUCACCUAUUCUCAUAUGAAGGCCCUGACCAGGAGCACUGCCCCUGAAUUGGCCCCAGUUGCUGCUGCUUGUAAUGUUGCAGUGAAGAUCCUGGGCCCCGAAUUAGACAGACUGAGCUACCGUUUCAGCAAAGCAUUCCAUCUUGAUGCUUACAGCAAUAACCUAAUGGCUGGAGCUGCUGCCAGUGCUUUCCUUAUCAAUGACGCUGCCACCAUUUUUCCCAGGGCUGUUGUGGCCAAAUUGCGUGCCUACUUUGCUGGGGCAGCAGCUAAUGUCCUGGAGUUUGGAGUUAGAACUGAAGGAAUUCAGGAGGCUCUUCUGAAAACACCUGCUGCUGCUACUGGUGCUGCUAACAGGAUGAACAGGAUGAGGCAUGUCUUGAAGGCUCUUGCUGACUGGAAAGCAGCACCAGGCAAAGAACCACUGGGCUCCACAUACAUAAAACUUUUUGGCCAAGAAAUUGCCUUCCUCAACAAAGCCAUGAUUGAUCAGGCAAUGCAGUACGCAUCUCCUGGAGCACAAACGAUGUUGACGCGUGCGCUGAAUGCACUGCAGUCUGGAGCUGAUUUCCAGUGGGCCAUGCCCCUGCUGGCUGCUGAGGUGCGUCGCAUUUUCCCAACUUCUGCUGGUGUUCCCAUGGAACUGAGUCUGUACACCGCAGCUGUAGCUGCUGCUACUGUAAAAGUCAAAGCAACUCUCUCACCUGCACCUGAUGAAACCUUCCAUGUUGCUCGGCUGUUGAAAGCUGAUAUUCAACUGCAAGCUGAGAUUACACCAAGCAUUGCCAUGCACACUUUCGGUGUUAUGGGAGUGAAUACUGCCUUUAUUCAGGCUGCAGUUAUGGCCAAAGCUAAAGUGCAUACAAUCCUCCCUCUGAAGUUUGCUGCAAGAAUUGACAUUGCUCAAGGCACCUACAAGUUUGAAGCUUUGCCCGUUCAGGCUCCGGACCAUAUUGCAGCUGUACACUUUGAGACCUUUGCUGUGGCAAGAAAUGUGGAAGAUGCUGCUGCUGCUAGAAGCACUCCAAUGGUGCCUGCGGCUCUUACAGCCCAGCUGUCCAAGGAGAAGUUUACAUCUAAGGUGGCAGUGUCUGCGUCAAAAUCAUCCGAAAUACUUUAUAAUGCUUCACCUGAGCCUAAACUUAAAGCCAUUUCAGCAAGGGUUCAAGAAAAAUUCUGUGCCAUGUUCACAACUGUUGGACUGAAAGCAUGUCUUCAGUUCACCUCCCAGAAUGCAGCAUUCCUCAGAAACUGCCCUCUUUACAAGCUGGUUGGAGAUCAUAAAAUCGUUAUUGGCAUGAAACCAGCGGCAGAAGCUGCCAUUGAAAAAGUGCUGAUUGAAAUCCAGGUUGGACCCAAGGCAGGAUCAAAAAUAAUCAAAGUGAUCACUCUGAAAGAUGAGGAGGAAACUACAGAGGGAAAGACUGUCCUGCUGAAGCUGAAAAAGAUCCUGGAUACUGGAAUUAAGAACCGAAUGAGAAAUGUUAGCAGCUCCUCCUCCUCCAGCUCACGUAGUUCCUCCAGCCGCCGUGCGCUAAGCCUCAGCAAGGGCAGCCAUUCGUCUAGCUCCAGUUCCUCCUCUGCAUCUGCUACCCAUCACAAGAAAAACAGCAAGAGCAUCCUAAGCAGCAGUAGCAGCAGCAGCAGCAGCAGCAGAAGGCGUAGUGGCUCCAAGAAGGUCAGCGCCAGCGUCAGCCGUUCUGUCAGUUCCUCCAGCUCCUCCAGGUCCUCCAGGUCCUCCAGCUCCCGCAAAUCCAGGGCGGAAAUCUACGACUACAAGUUCACCAAAAACCACAUCCACCGGCACACCUCUAAAGCUGUCUCCGGGGUCAAGGUGUCCUCCAGUUCCAGAACCAGCAGCAUUGGCAGUAGAGUCAGUAGCUCCAGUAGAAGCUCGAGCAGCAGGGUCAGCAGUGCUGCCAGCUUUCAGGCCAUUUACAGAAAGAACAGAAACCUUGGAGAUGCUGUGCCCCCUGCCGUGGCCAUUAUUAUUCGUGCUGUGAGGGCUGAUGGAAAGAUGCAGGGAUACCAGAUUGCAGCCUACAAAGAUACUGCUGAUGCUAGGGUGCAGGUCAUUAUGGCUGCUCUUGCUGAAAAUGAAAACUGGAAGAUGUGUGCUGAUGAAAUCCUGCUGAGCAGACACAAAGUCAUGGCCAAGAUUGACUGGGGAGCGGAAUGCCAGGAAUAUGCAGCAGUUAUCAAGGCAGAGACUGGUCUGAUGGGCGAAAGCCCUGCAGCCCGCAUGAAGCUGGACUGGACCAAGAUUCCCAAAGCUUUUAAGCACUAUGCUCACAAGAUCUCUGAGUACAUCCCUGGUGCUGCUCUCAUGGCUGGAAUAACUGUGGCCAGACCCAGAAACAGAGCGGAACAGAUCAAAUUCACUGUGGCUGCCACUUCUGAAAGGACCAUCAAUUUUAUAAUGAAAACACCAAGGAUGACCCUGUAUAAGCUGGCUGUGGCUCUUCCCAUUGCCCUUCCAUUUGGACCUGGAGGUGCUGCUCGUGCAAACCAGACAAUUCCUGAUAAAAUUGCUGAAAUGAAUGGAGUGCAGUGCAGCUUGGCCAAUGAUAUCCUGACCACAUUCAACAACAGAAGGUACAAGAAUGAAAUGCCCAUCUCUUGCUACCAAGUGCUGGCCCAGGACUGCACCCCAGAGCUUAAGUUCAUGGUUCUGAUGAAGAAGGAUCCAGUUUCUGAACAGCACCAUAUCACAGUGAAACUUGAUGACAUGGAUGUUGAACUCUACCCCAGUGAUAGUGAAAUGCGGAUGAAGAUCAACGGCAAGGAAGUUCCUACCACCAGCCUACCUUAUGAACAUCCCACAGGUUCAAUCGUCAUUGGGCAGAAUGGUGAUGGACUGUCUCUCUAUGCUGCCAGCCAUGGCCUGCAUGAAGUCUACUUUGAUAAAAAUACAUGGAAGGUUAGAGCUGCUGAUUGGAUGAAGGGCCAGACUUGUGGAAUCUGUGGAAAGGCUGAUGGUGAAGUAAGACAGGAAUUCCGCACUCCCAGCGGACGCCUGACCAAGAACGCUCUCAGCUUUGCCCAUUCUUGGGUCCUUCCUGUAGAAAGCUGCCGUGACGCUAGCCAGUGCCACAUAAAGCAGGAGUCAGUGAAGCUGGAGAAGCAGAUGAUUCUGUAUGGACAGGAGACUAAAUGCUACUCUGUUGAGCCUGUGCUCCGCUGUGUGCCUGGCUGCAUCCCCCAGAGGACCACCCCUGUCACUGUUGGUUUCCACUGCAUCCCCACUGAAUCCAGAGUGAACAGAGUUGAGGGCCUGAGCAGCAUUGGUGAGAAGACUGUGGAUCUUAGGGAAACAGUUGAUGCCCAUUUGGCCUGCCGCUGUACAGAAAAGUGUUCAUAG